AUGUUUGAAGGACUUGGGAAGUUAGCAGGCAAACUCCACCUCGAGGUAGACCCCACUGUGCCACCUACCAAAAUACCAGUGAGACGAAUACCAGUGUCAUUGAAAGAUAGGGUCCAGGACGAACUGAUGCGACUAACAAACCUUGGUGUGAUAACACCAGUUACCACCCCAACAGACUGGAUUUCAUCGAUUGUGGUGGUUAAGAAGCACAAUGGGAACUUGAGACUCUGUAUUGAUCCCAAACCGCUAAACAAAGCACUCAAGAGGAAUAAUUAUGCAAUGCCGACAAUUGAGGACAUUCUUCCAGAGCUAAACAAAGCACGACUGUUCUCAGUAGUAGAUGCCAAGGACGGGUUCUGGCAUAUUGAGUUGGAUGAGGAAAGCAGUUAUUUGACAUUUGGCACGCCAUGGGGCCGUUAUCGGUGGAUAAGAAUGCCUUUUGGUAUCUCCCCAGCGCCAGAAGAGUUUCAACGUAGGCUGGAUGAAGCACUGGAGGGUCUAGAGGGAACCAAGGCAAUACAUGAUGACAUCGUUGUGUUUGGAUGCGGUGACACUGACGCAGAGGCAAGGCAUGAUCAUGACCGGAAACUCCAUGCUUUGUUCGACAGAUGCCGCGAGAAGAAUAUCAAACUGAACAAGGAAAAAUUAAAGCUUUGUCUAAGUUCUGUCACAUACUUGGGCCACGUAAUCUCAGAAAGAGGUUUAGAAAUGGAUCCGGCGAAGGUCAAGGCCAUCACUGAGAUGCCCACUCCCAAGGACAAGGCAGGCAUACAACGUCUACUGGGAAUGAUCAAUUUUGUGCAAAAAUUCGCACCACGGCUGUCUGAGCUGACUUCUCCUUUACGCGACCUUUUGAAAAAGGACUCUGAGUUUGUUUGGGAUGAGGCUGUACAUGGCCAAGCAUUUAGUGAGAUAAAGGCAACACUAUCCGACACUCCGGUGUUGAGGUAUUUUGACCCAAAGAAACAGACAAUAUUACAGUGUGAUGCAUCGGAGUACGGGCUAGGAGCCUGCCUCCUCCAAGAAGGACACCCAGUGGGGUAUGCGUCAAGAGCGCUUACGGCUACCGAGUGCAACUACGCCCAGAUCGAGAAGGAGCUGCUAGCUGUGGUUUUUGGAAUGACAAAGUUUGAGCAGUACACAUAUGGAAACAAAGUGAUUGUCGAGUCUGAUCACAAACCUUUGGAGAUUAUCCACAAGAAGAACUUGUUCAGCACUCCAAAGCGAUUACAACGGAUGCUACUCAAUCUACAGCGGUUUAACUAUACAAUUAUCUACAAAAAAGGCACACACAUGUACAUGGCUGAUACAUUGAGCAGGGCAUUUUUGCCGUCAACUGAUGAAGAAAGGCGAAAUAUUAGUCACAACAUAGAAGUGGAACAGGUAAAUGGUGUAAAGCAUCUGGCAGUAUCACCCGAGACUUUGUGUAGGUUACAACGAGCCACCAAAACUGAUACCAAUCUUGCAGAGCUAAUGUGUGUCAUUCGCAGGGGCUGGCCGGACAGUAUGGAACAACUUUCUCUAGAAGUAAAAAAAUACUUCCCAUUUCGAGAGGAGCUAACGAUCCAGAACGGGUUGGUCUUCAAGAACGACGGUGUCAUAGUUCCAUUCUCGGAGCGCCAAAACAUGAUAGAAAGGGCGCAUUCCAGUCAUAUCGGCCUUCAGGGAUGCUUGCGAAGAGCGAAGGAGUCGUUAUAUUGGCCAAACCUGUAUUCAGAUUUUGAAAAACAUAUUCAGGCAUGCAAGACUUGCAAUACUUACUCAGCUGAAAAUAGCCGAGAGCCCAUGAUACUACACGAAACCCCGAAUCGGCCAUGGGAGAAAGUAGGUGUGGAUUUGUUCCAUACAGCUGGAAAAGAUUACCUUCUCACUGUGGACUGCUAUUCUGAUUUUGUUGAGAUUGACCGCCUCCAUGACAAGAAGGGCAACGAGGUCAUCAGAAAGUUAAAGUCUCAUUUCUCGCGGUAUGGGUUACCAUGCAUAGUAAUGUCUGACAAUGGUCCACCAUUCAACGGAAAACAAUUCUCAGAUUUUUCGAAAGAAUAUGAAUUCCAACACAUCACUAGUUCACCAAGAUAUCCACAGUCCAAUGGUAAGGUGAAAAAUGCGGUGAGAACUGUUAAUCGAAUUCUGGAAAAAUCAAGGAAGGAUCGACGGGACCCUUAUCUUGCUAUUUUGGAUUGGCGGAACACGCCAGGAGAGAUAGUGAAGUCAUCCCCAGUGCAAAGACUGUACGGUAGAAGGACUAGGACUUUGCUUCCAUUAACAACGCCAUUAUUGGAGCCAAGCACAAUUCCUACGUCGGAGACAAGGAAAGACAUAAACCAAAGAAAAGGAAAAGAACAACAUUACUACAAUCGCGGCACUAAGGCGUUAGCUGAACUAAUGCCUGGAGAAACGGUCAGAAUGAAACCGACAGAACCAGGGAAGGAAUGGACUAAAGCCCGUGUAAAGGGAAAAGUCAACAUUCGAUCAUACAAGGUUCAAACGGAAGAGGGUUCGACUUAUCGGAGAAACAGGCGUCAUCUCCAUAAGACUCCUGAAGUUUUCACAGAGGAUGAUGGUCAGUUAAAUGCGACACCAGAAGGAGAUGUUCCAGACACACCGAAUGUCAACGAGGACCAGGCACCUCCCACUACUGACCAUGAGGAGCCACAUGCAGAGUUCACGCUCAGGAGGUCCAAUCGUGAAGUGAACAGACCGAAUUACCUGAAUGACUAUGUGUGCAUCUUGAAUCGCGACCGAAAACAACAGUGA